CGAAGUUGGCGGCGCAGAGGCUGGCCCGGGACGCGCCCGGAGCCCAGGGAAGGAGGGAGGAGGGGAGGGUCGCGGCCGGCCGCCAUGGGGCCGGGGGCCCGGGGCCGCCGCCGCCGCCGUCGCCCGAUGUCGCCGCCACUGCCACCGCUACCCGUGCGGGCGCUGCCCCUGCUGCUGCUGCUAGCGGGGCCGGGGGCUGCAGGCCCCCCUUGCCUGGACGGAAGCCCGUGUGCAAAUGGAGGUCGUUGCACCCAGCUGCCCUCCCGGGAGGCUGCCUGCCUGUGCCCGCCCGGCUGGGUGGGUGAGCGGUGUCAGCUGGAGGACCCCUGUCACUCAGGCCCCUGUGUUGGUCGUGGUGUCUGCCAGAGUUCAGUGGUGGCUGGCACUGCCCGAUUCUCAUGCCGGUGCCCCCGUGGCUUCCGAGGCCCUGACUGCUCCCUGCCAGAUCCCUGCCUCAGCAGCCCUUGUGCCCAUGGUGCCCGCUGCUCAGUGGGGCCCGAUGGACGCUUCCUCUGCUCCUGCCCACCUGGGUACCAGGGCCGCAGCUGCCGAAGCGAUGUGGAUGAGUGCCGGGUGGGUGGGCCCUGCCGCCAUGGUGGCACCUGCCUCAACACACCUGGCUCCUUCCGCUGCCAGUGUCCAGCUGGCUACACCGGGUCACUAUGUGAGAACCCUGUAGUGCCCUGUGCGCCCUCACCAUGCCGUAACGGGGGCACCUGCAGGCAGAGUGGUGACUUCACUUAUGACUGCGCCUGUCUUCCCGGGUUUGAGGGUCAGAAUUGUGAAGUGAACGUGGAUGACUGUCCAGGGCACCAAUGUCUCAACGGGGGGACAUGUGUGGAUGGUGUCAACACCUACAACUGCCAGUGCCCUCCUGAGUGGACAGGCCAGUUCUGCACAGAGGACGUGGAUGAGUGUCAGCUGCAGCCCAACGCCUGCCACAAUGGGGGCACCUGCUUCAACACGCUGGGUGGCCACAGCUGCGUGUGUGUCAAUGGCUGGACAGGCGAGAGCUGCAGUCAGAAUAUCGAUGACUGUGCCACAGCCGUGUGCUUCCACGGGGCCACCUGCCAUGACCGCGUGGCUUCUUUCUACUGUGCCUGCCCCAUGGGCAAGACUGGCCUCCUGUGUCACCUGGAUGACGCCUGUGUCAGCAACCCCUGUCAUGAGGAUGCUAUCUGUGACACGAAUCCGGUGAACGGGCGAGCCAUUUGCACCUGUCCGCCCGGCUUCACGGGCGGGGCAUGUGACCAGGAUGUGGACGAGUGCUCUAUUGGCGCCAACCCCUGCGAGCACUUGGGCCGGUGCGUGAACACGCAGGGCUCCUUCCUGUGCCAGUGCGGCCGUGGCUACACCGGACCUCGCUGUGAGACCGAUGUCAACGAGUGUCUGUCGGGGCCCUGCCGCAACCAGGCCACGUGCCUCGACCGAAUCGGCCAGUUCACCUGCAUCUGUAUGGCAGGCUUCACAGGAACCUAUUGCGAGGUGGAUAUCGACGAGUGUCAGAGUAGCCCCUGUGUCAAUGGUGGGGUCUGCAAGGACCGAGUCAACGGCUUCACCUGCACCUGCCCCUCGGGCUUCAGCGGCUCCACGUGUCAGCUGGACGUGGACGAAUGCGCGAGCACGCCCUGCAGGAAUGGCGCCAAGUGCGUGGACCAGCCUGAUGGCUACGAGUGUCGCUGUGCUGAGGGCUUUGAGGGGACGCUGUGUGAACGCAACGUGGAUGACUGCUCCCCUGAUCCGUGCCACCACGGUCGCUGCGUGGAUGGCAUCGCCAGCUUCUCAUGUGCCUGUGCCCCUGGCUACACGGGCACACGCUGCGAGAGCCAGGUGGAUGAGUGCCGCAGCCAGCCCUGCCGCCAUGGGGGCAAAUGCCUAGACCUAGUGGACAAGUACCUCUGCCGCUGCCCUUCUGGGACCACAGGUGUGAACUGUGAAGUGAACAUUGACGACUGUGCCAGUAACCCCUGCACCUUUGGAGUCUGCCGUGAUGGUAUCAACCGCUACGACUGUGUCUGCCAGCCUGGCUUCACAGGGCCCCUUUGUAACGUGGAGAUCAAUGAGUGUGCUUCCAGCCCCUGCGGCGAGGGAGGUUCCUGCGUGGAUGGGGAAAACGGCUUCCGCUGCCUCUGCCCGCCUGGCUCCUUGCCCCCACUCUGCCUCCCCCCGAGCCAUCCCUGUGCCCAUGAGCCCUGCAGUCACGGCAUCUGCUAUGAUGCACCUGGCGGGUUCCGCUGUGUAUGUGAGCCUGGCUGGAGUGGCCCCCGAUGCAGCCAGAGCCUGGCCCGAGAUGCCUGUGAGUCCCAGCCCUGCCGGGCAGGUGGGACCUGCAGCAGCGAUGGAGCGGGCUUCCACUGCACCUGUCCCACUGGUGUUCAGGGACGUCAAUGUGAGCUCCUCUCCCCCUGCACCCCGAACCCCUGUGAGCAUGGGGGCCGCUGUGAGUCUGCCCCUGGCCAGCUGGCUGUCUGCUCCUGCCCCCAGGGCUGGCAAGGUCCACGAUGCCAGCAGGAUGUGGAUGAGUGUGCUAGCCCCUCACCCUGCGGCCCUCAUGGUAUCUGCACCAACAUGGCAGGGGGUUUCAGCUGCACCUGCCAUGGAGGGUACACUGGCCAUUCCUGCGAUCAGAACAUCAAUGACUGUGACCCCAACCCAUGCCUGAACGGAGGCUUGUGCCAAGACGGCGUGGGUUCCUUUUCGUGCUCCUGCCUCCCUGGUUUUGCCGGCCCACGUUGUGCCCACGACGUGGAUGAGUGCCUGAGCAGCCCCUGCGGCCCGGGUACCUGCACCGACCACGUGGCCUCCUUCACCUGCACCUGCCCACCUGGCUACGGAGGCUUCCACUGCGAGCAGGACCUGCCAGACUGCAGCCCCAGCUCCUGCUUCAAUGGCGGGACCUGUGUGGACGGCGUGAACUCGUUCAGCUGCUUGUGCCGUCCUGGCUACACAGGAGCCCACUGCCAACAUGAGGCAGAUCCCUGCCUCUCGCGGCCCUGCCUGCACGGGGGCGUCUGCAGCGCCGCCCAUCCUGGCUUCCGCUGCACCUGCCCCGAGAGCUUCACGGGCCCCCAGUGCCAGAAGCUGGUGGACUGGUGCAGCCGGGAGCCUUGUCAAAACGGGGGUCGCUGUGUCCAGACUGGGGCAUAUUGCCUUUGUCCCCCAGGGUGGAGUGGCCGCCUCUGUGACAUUCGAAGCCUGCCCUGCAGGGAGGCCUCAGCCCAGAUCGGGGUGCGGCCAGAGCAGCUGUGUCAGGCGGGUGGGCAGUGUGUGGACGAAGACAGCUCCCACUACUGUGUGUGCCCAGAGGGCCGUACUGGCAGCUACUGUGAGCUGGAGGUGGACCCCUGCUUGGCCCAGCCCUGCCAGCAUGGGGGGACCUGCCGUGGCUACAUGGGGGGCUAUGUGUGUGAGUGUCUGCCUGGCUACAAUGGUGACAACUGUGAGGACGACAUAGACGAGUGUGCCUCCCAGCCCUGCCAGCAUGGGGGCUCCUGCAUUGACCUCGUGGCCCGAUAUCUCUGCUCCUGUCCCCCAGGAACGCUGGGCGUGCUCUGUGAGAUUAAUGAGGAUGACUGCGGCCCAGGUCCACCCCUGGACUCAGGGCCCCGGUGCCUACACAAUGGCACCUGUGUGGACCUGGUGGGCGGCUUCCGCUGCACCUGUCCCCCAGGUUACACCGGUUUGCGCUGCGAGGCAGACAUCAAUGAGUGUCGCUCAGGUGCCUGUCAUGUGGCACACACCCGGGACUGCCUGCAGGACCCAGGGGGGGGUUUCCGUUGUCUUUGCCAUGCUGGCUUCUCAGGUCCCCGCUGUCAGACUGUUUUGUCUCCCUGUGAGUCUCAGCCAUGCCAGCAUGGAGGCCAGUGCCGUCCUAGCCCGGGUCCUGGGGGUGGGUUGACCUUCACCUGCCACUGUGUCCAGCCGUUCUGGGGUCCGCGGUGCGAGCGGAUGGCACGCUCCUGCCGGGAGCUGCAGUGCCCGGUGGGCGUCCCAUGCCAGCAGACACCCCGCGGGCCGCGCUGCGCCUGCCCCCCAGGGUUGUCGGGGCCCUCCUGCCGCAGCUUCCCGGGGUCGCCGCCGGGGGCCACCAACGCCAGCUGCGCGGCCGCCCCCUGUCUCCACGGGGGCUCCUGCCGCCCCGCGCCACUCGCGCCCUUCUUCCGCUGCGCUUGCACGCCGGGCUGGACCGGACCGCGCUGCGAGGCGCCCGCCGCGGCACCCGAGGUCCCGGAGGAGCCGCGGUGCCCGCGCGCCGCCUGCCAGGCCAAGCGCGGGGACCAGCGCUGCGAUCGCGAGUGCAACAGCCCUGGCUGCGGCUGGGACGGUGGCGACUGCUCGCUGAGCGUGGGCGACCCCUGGCGGCAGUGCGAGGCGCUGCAGUGCUGGCGCCUCUUCAACAAUAGCCGCUGCGACCCCGCCUGCAGCUCGCCCGCCUGCCUCUACGACAACUUCGACUGCCAUGCUGGUGGCCGCGAGCGCACUUGCAACCCGGUAUACGAGAAGUACUGCGCCGACCACUUUGCCGACGGCCGCUGCGAUCAGGGCUGCAACACGGAGGAGUGCGGCUGGGAUGGGCUGGAUUGUGCCAGCGAGGUGCCGGCCCUGCUGGCCCGCGGCGUGCUGGUGCUCACAGUGCUGCUGCCGCCGGAGGAGCUGCUGCGUUCCAGCGCCGACUUUCUGCAGCGGCUCAGCGCCAUUCUGCGCACCUCGCUGCGCUUUCGCCUGGACGCGCACGGCCAGGCCAUGGUCUUCCCUUACCACCGGCCCAGUCCUGACUCCGAACUCCGGGCCCGCCGGGAGCUGGCCCCCGAGGUGAUCGGCUCGGUAGUGAUGCUGGAGAUUGACAACCGGCUCUGCCUACAGUCGCCUGAGAAUGAUCACUGCUUCCCCGACGCCCAGAGCGCCGCUGACUACCUGGGAGCGCUGUCAGCGGUGGAGCGCCUGGACUUCCCGUAUCCACUGCGGGACGUGCGGGGGGAGCCUCUGGAGUCUCCAGAGCCCAGCGUCCCGCUGCUGCCGCUGCUGGCGGCCGGCGCCGUCUUGCUGCUGGUCAUCCUCGUCCUGGGCGUCAUGGUGGCCCGGCGCAAGCGCGAGCACAGCACCCUCUGGUUCCCCGAGGGCUUCGCACUGCACAAGGACGUGGCCGCUGGUCACAAGGGACGGCGGGAACCCGUGGGCCAAGACGCGCUGGGCAUGAAGAACAUGGCCAAGGGUGAGAGUCUGAUGGGGGAGGUGGCCACAGACUGGAUGGACACAGAGUGCCCAGAGGCCAAGCGGCUGAAGGUAGAGGAGCCAGGCAUGGGGGCUGAGGAAGCCGUGGAUUGCCGUCAGUGGACUCAACACCAUCUGGUUGCUGCUGACAUCCGCGUGGCACCAGCCAUGGCACUGACACCACCACAGGGCGACGCAGAUGCUGAUGGCAUGGAUGUCAAUGUGCGUGGCCCAGAUGGCUUCACCCCAUUAAUGCUGGCUUCCUUCUGUGGGGGGGCCCUGGAGCCAAUGCCGACUGAGGAGGAUGAGGCAGAUGACACAUCAGCCAGCAUCAUCUCAGACCUGAUCUGCCAGGGGGCUCAGCUUGGGGCACGGACCGACCGUACUGGCGAGACUGCGUUGCAUCUGGCUGCCCGUUAUGCCCGUGCUGAUGCAGCUAAGCGGCUGCUGGAUGCUGGGGCAGACACCAAUGCCCAGGACCACUCAGGCCGCACUCCCCUGCACACAGCUGUUACAGCUGAUGCCCAGGGUGUCUUCCAGAUUCUCAUCCGAAAUCGCUCUACAGACUUGGAUGCUCGCAUGGCAGAUGGCUCAACGGCACUGAUUCUGGCAGCCCGCCUGGCAGUGGAGGGCAUGGUGGAAGAGCUCAUUGCCAGCCAUGCUGAUGUCAAUGCUGUGGAUGAGCUUGGGAAAUCAGCCUUACACUGGGCUGCGGCUGUGAACAACGUGGAAGCCACUUUGGCCCUGCUCAAAAAUGGCGCCAACAAAGACAUGCAGGAUAGCAAGGAGGAGACGCCCCUGUUCCUGGCCGCCCGCGAGGGCAGCUACGAGGCUGCCAAGCUGCUGUUGGACCACUUCGCCAACCGCGAGAUCACCGACCACCUGGACAGGCUGCCGCGGGACGUCGCCCAGGAGCGACUGCACCAGGACAUCGUGCGCUUGCUGGAUCAACCCAGUGGGCCCCGCAGCCCCCCGGGGCCCCACGGCCUGGGGCCUCUGCUCUGCCCUCCAGGGGCCUUCCUCCCUGGCCUCAAGGCGGCACAGUCGGGGGCCAAGAAGAGCAGGAGGCCCCCCGGGAAGGCGGGGCUGGGGCCGCAGGGGCCCCGGGGGCGAGGCAAGAAGCUGACGCUGGCCUGCCCGGGCCCCCUGGCCGACAGCUCGGUCACACUGUCGCCCGUAGACUCGCUGGACUCCCCGCGGCCUUUUGGGGGGCCCCCUGCUUCCCCUGGUGGCUUCCCCCUUGAGGGGCCCUAUGCAGCUGCCACUGCCACUGCAGUGUCUCUGGCGCAGCUUGGUGGCCCAGGCCGCGCGGGUCUAGGACGCCAGCCCCCUGGAGGAUGCGUGCUCAGCCUGGGCCUGCUGAACCCCGUGGCUGUCCCCCUCGAUUGGGCCCGGCUGCCCCCACCUGCCCCCCCAGGCCCCUCAUUCCUGCUGCCACUGGCUCCGGGACCCCAGCUGCUCAACCCAGGGACCCCUGUCUCCCCGCAGGAGCGGCCCCCGCCUUACCUGGCAGUCCCAGGACACGGCGAGGAGUACCCGGCAGCUGGGGCACACAGCAGCCCCCCAAAGGCCCGCUUCCUGCGGGUGCCCAGCGAGCACCCUUACCUUACCCCAUCCCCAGAAUCCCCGGACCACUGGGCCAGCCCCUCGCCUCCCUCCCUCUCGGACUGGUCCGAAUCCACACCCAGCCCGGCCACUGCCACUGGGGCCAUGGCCACCACUACGGGGGCACUGCCUUCCCAGCCACUCCCCUUGUCUGUUCCCAGCUCCCUUGCUCAGGCCCAGACCCAGCUGGGGCCCCAGCCGGAAGUCACCCCCAAGAGGCAAGUGUUGGCCUGAGAUGCUCUUCAGUUCUUACAUCUUGGGGGGCACUGAAGAGACCCCCAACUUGCCUACUUUCUUUCUCUGUCUCUUCCUUCCUUUUAGUCUUUUUCAUCUUCUCUCUCUCUCCACCAGCCCUCCUGCCUCCUUGCCUUGCAGUGUGACUGAGAUAUGUCAUCAGCCCAGGGCCUCAGUCUUCCUUUAUUUAUAACGGGUGGGGGCUACCACCCACCCUGUCAGCCUUGUGAAGAGUCUGGGACCUCCUCCUUCCCCCCUUCUCCCUUCUCUCAUUCCUGUCUUUCUCCUUCUGGUCUCUCAUUUCCUUAUACUCUGACAUGAACGAAUUAUUAUUUUUUUCUUUUUCCUUUUUUUUUGUUUUUUACAUUUUGUAUAGAAACAAAUUCAUUUAAACAAACUUAUUAUUAUUAUUUUUUACAAAAUAUAUAUAUGGAGAUGCUCCCUCCCCUGUGAACCCCCCAGUGCCCCUGUGGGGCUGAGUUUGUGAGCCCAUUCGGCCAAGCUGGAUUCUGUGUACCGAGUACACAGGCAUGACUGGGCUCCCGUGUACCAAGUACACCACCCAGGUAUGUACCAAGUAGGCACCCUUGGGCAUGCCCACUGGGGCCAGGGGUUGGGGGAGAAUUGGGAGCCUCCUCCCCACCCCACCUCCCUCACUUCACUGCAUUCCAGAUGGGACGUGUUCCAUAGCCUUGCUGGGGAAGGGCCCACUGCCAACUCCCCCUGCCCCAGCCCCACCCUGGGCCACCUCCCUUUGGGAACUAGGGGGCUGCUGGUGGGAAAUGGGGUCCAGGGGAGAUGUGUGCAUUCCUUUGUCUCCCUGUAAAUGUGGGACUACAAGAAGAGGAGGAGCUGCCUGAGUGGUACCUCCUCUUCCUGGUAAUCCCCUGGCCCAGCAUCAUAGCAGAAUAGAAGUAUUUUUAGGCUAUUUUUGUAAUAUGGCUUCUGGUCAUAAUCCCUGUGUAGCUGAAUUCCCAAGCCCUGCAUUGUACAGCCCCCACUCCCCUCACCACCUAAUAAAGGAAUAGUUACCACUCA